AUGUCGUUGGAUCAUUAUCCAAUCCUUACAGACAGACGUUUCCAAUCCUCAGAGAGGCAGUCUUACCAGUUACAUGACUUAGCUCCCCCUCAAUGGAACUAUCAAACAAGAUCUCAAAACGAUAUCCCUAACCAUGAUUAUUCCUCAAAUUCAACGACAUGGAACGUCAAUUUACUCUCUAAUUGGUCAAACGAAGUCGUACCGAGCUCAUCAUCCACUUCAUAUUCAUGUCCAAUCCGUCAUCCAUAUUCUUACGCAGAACAAUCCCAGCGUCACCCCUCUUCAUCAUUUGAACGCCAAACUCAACACCGCUCCCCAUCAGCAGGUACAUCUUUCAAAUUCGACGAUGCCUCAUGGGGUGCCACUCUCUACACUAUGGAUGACAGAAGUACCCCAUCCCACUCCCUACCACCCACAGUCACAAGCGCAUCUCCUUCCGCACGUGCUUCUUCUAGAGCUUCCUCAUCUAGGUCUCCCCCAGUAAAGCUCGAACAAGAUGACGUUUCAAGCGCCGAUUGCUUUGUCAUGGAAUUCGCUACCUCUGUCCCGGCUGCGCAGGACAGCGCCUCAUUGGCUCCUCCAACAGAAGUGCCCUUGCGCGCUACCCAAGCAAGCAAGGCAAUGCGCAAAAUGAUGGGCGUAUUUCGCCUCAAUCCCUUCUCAAUGCAUGAGGGCGGUGGUCAGGCCAUGAGUACCUGGUUGGGGGAGGAUGCAGGUCCAUUGGAAGAGGAGCCUCAGGUUUUUGAGUUUCAGCUCGACGUUGGAUACCGUGACUCGGAUGAGGAGGCCGAGGAACAACAACCUUCCCACCUUCAAACUCUCAUCGAGGUACCAGAGCCCGCCCUAGAUGAAAACACGAGGUGGGCGGAGGGCGACAACACAGACCUCCCCUACCCACAUACCAGCUGGGCUACCAACGAGCUCCCGUGUCCUUCGUAUACAUUGCCAUCCCUCAGGUCCUAUAAUUCGCAUCCACACUCCCCGUCACUUUCUUCUGCUUCUUCACGUAAAACGCCCCUGGAUAUGUCUACCUCAGAGUACACCGGCGCGUAUACACUACAUGGCUCUGGCAGCUGCGGUUCUUCCACGGAUAACCUCCCGUCACUCUCAUCUAUGGCGCGACGUUGGUCUAUUCCUGCCAAUCUUCAGGCACCAUUCAUGAUAUAA